AUGCAAAACUUCUUAGACAAUGCCGGGAAUGGGACGAUUCAUCUCCAAGCUGCUGAAAUAAGAGAAAUGGCUCAUGAUGCUGACAAUGUUUUGGAGAUUUUUGCUCUUAAGAUUGGUUCCAAAAGGAGACCUGGUUUUACAAAUGGUAUUAAAAGAUAUGCCUGCAUCUUGGAAGAUGGAUGGAUGCUCCACGAAACCAGGUCAAGUAUAGAGAAGAUAAUAGAAAGAAGCAAUGACUUGGUACGACGAUUGAGUGCAUAUUGCCGAAAGGAAUCAUGGGGUGGAGGAGAAGGACCAAGUUCUUCAACUGAAUUCCAAGAGCAACGGCGGAAGUUUUCUCACAAUGUGGACGAUGAAAUUGCUGGACGCGGUGAUGAUAUUGAGAAACUGGUCCCAGUUGUUGUCGAUGAGAAAAGUGAAUGCAGGGAUGUUUCCAUAUGCGGAAUGGGUGGUCUGGGGAAGACCACUCUUGCCAUUAAAAUAUAUAAACAAAGCAAGAUCAUGGGUCAUUUCACCCGCAGGGACAUAAUCGCCGAGAAAAUCUUAAAUUCACCGUCGAUCAUUGAUCCGUUUACGACACCUCCCGCACCAUCGUGUUCCUUAUGCUGUUUCGAGUCCGUCGGUGUCAUCCUUGGUCCCCGUCAACGGCAGCGCGUGGGGAGGUGGGUGUAUGGUUCUGGAGAACAUACACAUUGUAGUGAUUGGAGUGACUGGAUGGGGAAGUUAUUACUGCAGACUCCUUUGUUGUGUGCUCAGGUGAUGGAAGUGACUGGCUGGAGACGUUAUUACUGCAGGCUCAUCGGCUUCGUGCUUAGGACUGGGUCUGAAGGGUUACAAUCACAACUUGAUUUCCUCGAUAAAGAAGAUGGUAGACGGAGUGACGAAGAAUUAUCAAAGAAAUUGUUCAAUUUCCUGCAGGAAAACAAAUGUCUGGUGAUACUUGAUGAUAUUUGGAAAACAGAAACUUGGGACAUUAUAAAACCUGCAUUUCCUAUUCAAAGGAACAGCAAGACCAUGAUAUUGCUCACCUCUCGAAAUGAAGACAUGGCUUCAGGUGAAAGUUACCUUCAUGUGUUUCAGUGCCUAGACGACGUUGAAAGUUGGAAAUUAGUUCGAAAGAUUGCAUUUCAUCAGACAGACUCUUCAGUUAAAAUGCUCACUAAAUUAAUAAAGGCACAAAGAUUGAUUCGGUUAUUGGUUGCCGAAGGUAUAGUUCCACCAAAGCAACAAGGAGAAAUAACAGAAGAUGUGGCUGAAGAUUAUUUAAUGGAGCUUGCAGAAGGUGCAUGGUUCAACCACGAAAAAGGGACGUUGCAACCUUAA